AUGUGUUUUCAUUGGGCGAACGAAAAAGUCGGAUCAGGAAAUAAAACACAGACUACUGAGGAAUUCCAAGAUUUGCAGCUAAAAACCGAUGGGAGAUAUGAUGGUCUCUAUAAGCUUCAUGUUGCAACAAACUUCUACAUAAAGAUCAUGUCAAAGAAAACGGAUUCGGUAGAGGAAAAAGCGAAAGUUUUACCCUUAGAAUCGCUUGGAAAUACUAUGAAAGUUUGUGGUGAAGAACUUGGUUCAGAUUCUCCCUAUGGGAUGGGAUUAAUCAAAUUUGGUAAUGCAGCCGAAAAGAUUGCCAAUGCACAAUUGGAUUAUGUUUCACGUGUACGAGAUGAUUUCCUUUUCGGAUUGACCUCUUCUAUUGAAGAAUUUAAACAUUAUCAACAAUUAAAAAGAAAAUUAGAAUCACGUAGACUUGAUUACGAUGCAAAACUAAGUAAAGUGCAAAAGUCAAAAAAAGAAAAACCAGAAUUAGAAGAAGAAAUGCGUGCUGCAAAAGAAAAAUAUGAAGUCGUAAUGGAGGAUAUAAAUAAUAAAAUGCAUACACUUAAUGAGUCAGAGGAUCAAUAUCUGCAGGAAUUGACUUCAUUUUUAGAUGCCCAAUUGGAAUAUUUCAAAACUGGACACGAAAUUUUAGAAAAUAUUAAGAAAGAAUGGCCAACAACACGACGUAAACGAGUACCAGUACGAUCAUCCACACUAGAUUCGACUAAUUCAAAUUCUGAUGGGGGUGGUGAUCAUACUUCAGAAAAUGAUGAUUCGAGUGCUCAUUCGUAUUCGAAUUAUAGUAGGUCUAGGCAUAACUCAAAGAGAACAUCAAAACUUGUCAAGUCUGAAAGUUCUAAUAGCCUUAAUGUUCCAUCUGGAUUAUCUCGCAAUAAAAGUGCAUCAUCUGGAUCAUCUGUCAGAUCUAUUGAAGUAAAGAAACCAGCUGCCACGUCACAAAUAAAACAAGUAAGAGCUAUAUUUAGUUAUGAAGGUGAAGGUGAAGAUGAGCUGGCAAUUGAAGAAGGAGAUACUAUCACAGUUUUGGAAGAAGCCGAAGGGUGGUGGAUUGGUGAAAUUAUUAAUACAGAUGGAACUAAAAGAAGUGGAAUGUUUCCUGCGAACUAUACGGAGGAAAUUACUGAGUCGCCACCAAAAAUGCCUCCACAAAUGCCUCCACGUAGACCAACAAAUUUAUCAACGCAAACACCAGUUGAGCAGGAAGAACAAGAAGAACUAUAUGAGGAAGAUGAUGAUUUUGAUGAAGAACCACCACCAGCACAAACAAAGAGUUCACCACCAAUGUCUCGAGAUAAUUCAUAUACACCUCCAGCACGUCAAAUUUCACAACGUCGUUCACUUAUUUCACAAUCAAAUGUAUCGUCUCAAAGGCCCGGAUCUCCAGCCGGAGGAAUGCCUCUAAUUCCAUCUCGUAAUUCCAAACCUUCCCCAGUCCGUAAUUCUUCUGUAACAUCAACAGCUGUGGCUCCACGUAAGGCUGCACGUGCAAGUUCAUAUGAAUAUUCAUCGAUUGGAAAUAGUAUUCCUAGAACUAUGUCUCCACCUUCAACAGGUGUAUCAAGAAAUUCAUAUAUACCUCAAGAUUUUAAUUUGGGUAGAGAAAAAUCAAAUGAAGAUUUUGGACCUUGCAAAGAAUGUGAUUGUGAUGAUUAUUCUCCCAAUGUAUUUAAAAAAGGAAGUUGCAAAAAUUGUUUUCAUAUACACUAG